AUGUUGGAUUUCAUGGAACAUGUGCAACUUGCAUUCUAUGAUGCUUCGCAUUGGAAUUUGGACAAUUCCUAUGGCACCUUGAACGCGACUGCGCGCGCAUUGCUCGACUUCCAGACACCCAGAGGCCUGAGACUGCAGAUCUCGUCCCUUGCUGCCCCCAACUUUGCGACGUCCUACACUCUGGGCAAUGUGGGGGUGGUCGACGGCUCUGUGUCUUACUUGUACUCGUCCCUGCCGUUGGAGCGAAAGUUGAAGAGCUCAGAGCUCGACCUGCAUAAUGUCAUUAGAGGCUACAGGCAGCUGCGAGAGCUGCGUCGGCCUGACGAGGAUUGGUGGUGGGAGAUUUGGCACAAUGGGAAGCGUGUAGACCGGAGAGACACUCUACUCUACGGCCGCAUAUUCCUCCCGCAGUCUAGACUCGAAGCACUAUACGUCCGUCGCCUGACACCGACCCGGCAGCUGCGCGUGAACGCAGUUAGCGACUCAAACCUCAACAACGGCGGCACGAUUCUUACGCUGCUGCAGAACGACCACGGCAAGUAUAGUACCGAGUACAUGUACAGCACCGAUUCUGCUCUGAUUGGGUUACGUGGACUCUACAACUUUGGCCCCGACCCCAGAAACGCGCCUACGGCACCCACAACUUCUCAGCAGGUGGCUGAACACAUGCACGGCCGCUUCAGCGCCGGAGCGGAACUUUAUUACGGGUUGCUGAACAAGAGUGGUGGCAUAAGCACCGGCUUACGCUUUGCGACCUUACCAAACCACCACGGCUUUCCGUAUACCAUGACACUGACGUUGAAUCCGUUGAUGGGCAAUCUUUCCUCGACCUAUGCGGUCAAAGCUGGCCCUAACCUUGCGCUCUGCACACGGUUCGAUUUCAACUUCUACUCCUAUGAAAGCGACCUGCAGCUCGGUUGCGAAUUGUGGCGACGCCGCAGCAACACCGACGUCGAAUGGGCGCUCAAAAAGCUACGCCCAGACUGGAAGAGGCCUACGGUCGCACCCGAUGACGAUGUUUCCGGCAUCCUGAAAGCCCGUGUUGACCAGCACUGGCGCGUUGGAGUGCUGUGGGAGGGCAGGAUCAAAGACCUGCUAUUCACUCUCGGCGCAAGCCUGGACCUCAAAAAGAGAGAGCAGAUAUUCCGGGCUGUUGGUAUCGAGCUGCAGUACUCCUCAUGA